CUUCCCGGGCCGCACGCAGCCACCGCCACCGCCACCAGCAACACCGAGCGGCUCCGAACCCCGGCCCGCCGCCUCUUAAAGGGAGGUGGCCGCUCUUAAAGGGACCCUCGCGCGUCCGGCGGCGGGGGGGGGAGCGCGGCGGCCCGGUUCCCGGAGGGCCGCGCCCAGCCCUAGGCCGAACUCCACGCGGCAGUCCAAGCGCGGGGCCGUGCCGCCGCCACCGGGAGCAGCAUUUUUAUUCAGGCGACGCUUAAGGGAGCCCGGCGCGCCCGGUGCAUUGUGGGAGCGCCGCGGCCCGUUUUCGGGAGGAGGCGGAGGGCGCAAAGCGAGCCGGUGGAUCACGAGUAGAAAGCCCAGUGGAUCGAGAGAGAGGGCGGGGAGGGGCUGAACUGUGAAGAGUGCAGCCCCAGAACCAUGUCUACUCGGGAGUCCUUUAACCCGGAAAGUUAUGAAUUGGACAAGAGCUUCCGGCUAACCAGGUUUACCGAACUGAAAGGCACAGGCUGCAAAGUGCCCCAAGAUGUCUUACAGAAAUUGCUGGAAUCUUUACAAGAGAACCACUUCCAAGAGGAUGAGCAGUUUCUGGGAGCUGUGAUGCCACGGCUUGGUAUUGGGAUGGAUACUUGCGUCAUUCCUUUGAGGCAUGGUGGUCUCUCCUUGGUUCAAACCACAGAUUACAUUUACCCCAUUGUCGACGACCCUUACAUGAUGGGCAGGAUAGCAUGUGCCAAUGUCCUCAGUGACCUUUAUGCAAUGGGCGUCACAGAAUGUGACAAUAUGCUGAUGCUCCUUGGAGUCAGUAAUAAAAUGACUGACAGGGAAAGGGAUAAAGUGAUACCGCUAAUUAUACAGGGUUUUAAAGAUGCGGCAGAGGAAGCAGGAACCUCUGUAACGGGUGGCCAAACGGUGUUAAACCCCUGGAUUGUUCUGGGAGGAGUCGCCACGACUGUCUGCCAGCCCAAUGAAUUUAUCAUGCCAGAUAAUGCAGUACCAGGGGACGUGCUGGUAUUGACAAAGCCCCUGGGGACACAGGUAGCAGUAGCUGUGCACCAGUGGCUGGAUAUUCCUGAAAAAUGGAAUAAAAUUAAGCUAGUGGUCACCCAAGAAGACGUAGAGUUGGCAUACCAAGAGGCAAUGAUGAACAUGGCACGGCUCAACAGGACAGCUGCAGGCCUCAUGCACACGUUCAAUGCUCACGCAGCCACUGACAUCACAGGCUUCGGGAUUCUGGGCCAUGCACAGAACCUAGCCAAGCAACAGAGGAACGAGGUGUCGUUUGUGAUUCACAACCUUCCUGUACUAGCCAAGAUGGCGGCUGUGAGCAAAGCCUGUGGAAACAUGUUCGGUCUCAUGCAUGGGACCUGCCCGGAGACAUCAGGAGGCCUGCUAAUCUGUCUACCGCGUGAGCAAGCAGCUCGGUUCUGUGCGGAGAUAAAGUCCCCCAAAUACGGCGAAGGCCACCAAGCAUGGAUUAUUGGGAUUGUAGAGAAGGGCAACCGCACAGCCAGAAUCAUCGACAAACCUCGGAUUAUCGAAGUUGCGCCCCAAGUGGCCACGCAAAACGUGAAUCCCACACCUGGGGCCACCUCCUAGUCUAGACAGAAAUAGCUAUCUGAUUUUGUGUUUAAAUAGAUCUAUUUCCUUUAUCAUCACUUCAAUUAAAGACUCUAAGAACAACACAAAUCUCCUUGUGUCUACACAUCUGGUGACCUUAGGUCGGUCUGUGAGUGGAUGCAAUUAAUAAAAUGAAAUCCAUGGCCUUCUUUUCCUGUUACAUUAACCGAAGAUGCACCCAACCUUGAGGCAGCUUCUGAGUUGAGAAUGAUAUUGUUAUCCAAUACUGUUGAUUCAUUUUGAAUCUUUAGAUGCGUAUCUCUUGCCGCGUAGGCGCUUUCUAAAGGUGCUUUUUUGCCACACAGGCGUUACUGAGAGGAUGUCACCUAGCAGUGUGUGUCUUCUCAUUUUCUGUUUAUCCUAUCAGUCUGUCCUUUUUUUAAGUGUCUCAGUUGACAUUCUAGAAAGACAGAAUUGGUAAGUGACAUGAUGGUCUCCCAGUACUCAGAGGGUUGCAUGAUUCCUUCGACCUUUUGGUUUGUAAAGCUGAGUCUAAUAACUCAGGGCAUUUCUUUGCCCCAGGACACUCUCCAGUAGCUCACUCAGUUCAGUAAGGCAGGUGCUUUACUCUGCAUGGAAAGCACUCAGAAUAAAAAAGGAAACAUUCUUUUUUAAAAAAACAAACAAAGCUUUCCUGGUACUUGCAGUAAUACCAUUAACGGUUUUCCUUGCCAAUAGGAAAAAGGAUACUUUUUGCAAUGUAAUUAGAUGUUCUAUAGUGCGACAAGGAACUGCCUUCAGAUAGGGGAGUUCAUGUAUAAUACUCAUUUAUAAUUCAAUAUCUAAUUUACUUUGCAAAUAAUUUUUAAAUAUAAUCAAUAAUAAAGACUGUUCUGUGGAUGGUAGUAUAGUGUUUAAUACAUUUUCUAUUUUGUAUAGUGAUUUCAGGCCUCUUGUUUUAAAUCAGCAGCUAUUUAGCCUAAUUCUUAGCAUCAUUUUGUCUUUGCGCCCAUACUUUUUUGUGCACGCAUUUUGUGAUUUGUGUUAAAAAAAAAAAAAACCUUCCUUGCCAACAUUGCAGCUCAAACUUAAAAGUUGUUAUUCAAAUAAAUAUUUAAUUUUUUUAAUUGCUCUUGUAUAAUCAGAUGCCCUUUUUAGUAUUAUUUUAGAAGCAUUUGGGAGGCUUUUGCCUAAAAUACAAUUUAUUGGGGAAACUAGAUUUUAGUUUUAUAAACUUUUAAGUCUUUCAUGCGACCUAUAUUUUCUUGAAUUAAAUUUUGUAGUUCUAGAACAAAUAGGCAAUCUACAAAGGUGUUAUCUGUGUUUCUUAAAAACAGAGGCUUCCUUAUCUUUCAGACUGUUAAGCAGCUGGGGGAUUCCCGUCUUUAAGCACAAGGGCACUGGGUCCUCAGGCACCUGGCUUCAAAAGAAAAGCAGCACAUCUUCAGGUUUCGCCAUGCUUCCUGCUAACAGGCCCCAAAGCUGUGCUUUAUAAACUCGGCCAACUUCACUCCUCAACACACAAAACCAGGGAACUGCCACUGGGCUGACGGAACCCCUGGAAGGAAGAGGCUGCAGCGUGGCUGUGUCCCUCAGGAGCCCCAGGACCUCCUGGAUGCACCUGCAGCUGGAACUGAAGCCACUGAGCCUGGCCCCGAGCGGAGGACGCUGUCACAAAAGGACACUGACUGGACACUUUGUAGGAAUCUAGACGAUGUUGGCCCUCGAAAGUGCACACCCAUGGUCUGCAAAAUAAAAUGUGUUGGAACCCUCUGAGUGCAGAAAGCAUACUGUUGGGCUUGCUUCUGUCUUGUUUUUUCUUAAAUAGUAGGUGAAGUAGGACCUUAUUCUGUGUACGGUCCAUCCCCACAGCUGGUAUUUUUUUGGUAGAAACCCUGUUGAGAGGAAGUUAGAUUGUUCAUGUCCUGAACAAAUGAUGAAUGAUUCAUAUGAGGAGAAAAUUCCAGGGACUUGGAGGUCCAUGGAUCCAUGAUCUAGAAAAAGCCCUUGUCUUGACUAGUGUUCAGAGUGCUCAGAAACCCUGGGCUUUGUCCACAUUCCUGCCCCUUCCCCAGACCCACAGUCAGUAUUUCUUGCUGUGGAACCAGGUAAUCUGUCCUCAAAGUGUGCCGUUUAGGGCUUUGCAUAUUAAAGCUCGAGAACCACUGAUCUCAAAAGGAACAGUGAGCUGGGUAAAAAGUGGGGCUGUGGGGAUGGCUUUCUUAGCCUUUUGUUUGUUUGUUUGUUUGUUUGUUUGUUUGUUUUUAAUUUCCCGUGCCUGACCUGUGGUUCAGCAUCAGGGUGUGUGUGUUACUAAGUAUUAAUUCUCAUAUAAACAGUUUUGGCAAAGGAGUAUCCAAGUUGAGCAGGCUAUUCCCACAGACUGGGUUGAAGCAAUAACAUUCUUGUUCUUUUUGGCUCGGUAUUUUGCAAUAUUGAAGUCUUCCAAAUUCUGCAUGCCUUGUGAUGAAUAAGUGGAAGUACUCAUGAGUACUCAUGAAGGAGCCCCUUGCAUCAGCAUUGCCUUUAAAAGUGUCCUGUUCGGCUCUGGGGGCAUGGCUCCAUAUGUGCUUCCUGCCUGAUGAGCCUGAGUUCCAUCCCUCCUCUGGACGCAUGUGAAAGGGCAAGAAAACCCGACCUCCAUGUGACGUGUGCUCCUGCACUAAACAAUAAACACACUUAAAAUAGCUUUAGGUGUCACUGUUAUAUAUCUUCAUUUUAUUCUGUAGAGACAGAAAUAAUAGGUAGAUUUUCACUUUGAGAGAUGAUUAGCACAGCAUAGGUGUCUGAGAGACCUGAUGAUAAAAUGAUUGCACACGAACCACACUCAUUUCCACAUCUGAUCAGGCGGUCACAGACAACAUACCCUGCUGCUUACAGCCACGCUAAGAAUCCCCAUAAGAAUCGUGAGACAGGAGACCACAGGGAAACCCCAGAGCCCUGUUGCUGGUGGACUCUGCUUCUCCAAGCGCUGCCUCGCCUUUGUGAGAAUUCUGUGUUAGAUGAGAACAGGGCUGGAUGGGCUAGAACAGUCCUGAAGCAAGUAAGAUGGGCAGCAUUUCCAGCCAUCCAGGCAUGGUCAAGAGCCAUUGGAAGCCAAACUUGCAGGGCAAGAGAGUGAUUGUGGUUUGCUCAUCAUGGGGCAAUUAGGUCUUGACACGUCUCUGUAAGGUUUCAUAUCAUUGAUAGUCCUCAAAUAUCAACACUGUUGAUGUUAAUUGUCCUGGCUAGGUCAUGCUGCCUUUUAAAGGAGUUUAAUGCUCAGGGGAACUGCAUGUAAUAAAGCCCAUAAAACUGUGGAGCUGGACUUGGAACAUGGCUGUAAUCCCACAUACACAGGAGGCUGAGGAAAGAGGACCAGACAUUCAAAGUCUGCCCGGGCAGCCUAACGAGAUCUGCUUUGCUCGCCUCCAGCCCAAAGGAGAAGAAAGUCAGAGGGUAGCUCAGGGGUAGAGCACUUGCCUAGCAUUCACAAGGCCCCAGAUUUAGUCCACAGUACUGGGAAAAACCAAACUCUCAUGGAAAUUAAAUUCACUAGUUUACUGUAAUCAUGGUGUGAUUAUGAAAAAAAGACUGAUGUAGCUUCCAUUAUUGUGUUUCAGGAAUAAAAACAUGUACAUGGAAAUAUGUAGAAUGUAAUGUCAUCCAGGCUUAUUUUGCAUAGUUUUAAAGCAAAAGUUAUAUAAAAUUUGAUGUUUGGGAUAUAUUCCUGGGUUUGGGUCCACUUUGAGAAAUAAAAACAACAACAAUACUUUGAAA